AAAACCAACUUUUCCAACAACAACGACUUCCGCGCUCUCCUGCAGUCCCUGUACGCUACUUUUAAGGAGUUCAAGAUGCACGAGCAGAUUGAGAACGAGUACAUUAUAGGUUUGCUCCAGCAACGCAGCCAGACGGUGUAUAACGUCCACUCGGACAAUAAGCUCUCGGAGAUGCUCAGCCUCUUUGAGAAGGGCCUCAAGAAUGUGAAGAAUGAAUACGAACAGUUAAAUUAUGCGAAACAGCUGAAAGAGAGGCUGGAGGCUUUCACCAGUGACUUUCUUCCUCACAUGAAAGAGGAAGAGGAGGUCUUCCAGCCCAUGUUGAUGGAGUACUUUACCUACGAGGAGCUCAAGGAUAUUAAGAAGAAGGUGAUCGCCCAGCACUGUUCUCACAAGGACACGGCGGAGCUCCUGCGGGGGCUGAGUCUGUGGAAUCAAGCGGAGGAGCGACAGAAGUUUUUUAAAUACUCUGUGGAUGAAAAGGCAGACAAAGAGUCGGAAGUUUCAGAGCAUGCCACAAACAUCAGCCACCUUCCUCCAGAGGUAAUGCUGUCAAUUUUCAGUUACCUUAACCCUCAAGAGUUGUGUCGAUGUGGUCAGGUCAGCACGAAGUGGGCACAGCUGGCGAAGACUGGGGUGCUCUGGAAACAUCUCUACCCUGUUCAUUGGGCCAGAGGUGACUGGUACAGCGGUCCUGCCACUGAACUUGACACUGAACCUGAUGAGGAAUGGGUGAAGAACAGGAAGGACGAGAGCCGAGCUUACCAGGAGUGGGAUGAAGACGCAGACAUAGACGAAUCCGAGGAGUCUGCAGAGGCGUCACUUGCUGUCAGCAUUGCACAAAUGGAAAAGCGCUUACUCCACGGCUUAAUUCAGAACGUGCUGCCGUAUGCCGGCCCUUCCGUGAAAACUCUGGUGUUAGCGUACAGCUCUGCAGUUUCCAGCAAAAUGGUCAGACAGAUUUUAGAGCUUUGUCCCAACCUGGAACACCUGGACCUCACCCAGACUGACAUUUCCGAUUCGGCAUUUGACAGCUGGUCUUGGCUCGGCUGUUGCCAGAGUCUCCGGCACCUCGAUCUGUCCGGAUGUGAGAAGAUCACGGAUGUGGCUUUGGAGAGGAUCUCCAGGGCCCUGGGUGUCCUGGCUUCUCAUCCCAGUGGCCUGUGGAAGGCUCCCAAUAGCAGAAUGACAUCGACCUCCUGGAACAAUAAAGACAUUACAGUGCAGCACCCCAAGCCGUUCCUGCAUUUGCACGACUUUGCUAACAAAGGCAUCAAAGAAGAACUCGACGACGAACAGCCCUGGACUAAGCCCGCUUCUCCGGAAGCUUUCGUUUCCCCUUAUGUGUGGAUGCUCGACGCCGAGGAUCUGGCUGAUAUCGAAGACGCUGUUGAGUGGAGACACAGAAACGUUGAGAGCCUUUGUGUCAUGGAAACUGCGUCCAACUUGAGUUGUCCCACCUCUGGAUGUUACAAGGACAUUGUUGGCCUAAGGACUAGGGUCUGCUGGCAGCAGCACUGCGCCUCCCCCGCCUUUGCCUAUUGUGGCCAUUCGUUUUGUUGCCCCGGAACCGCUCUGAGAACUAUGUCCGCGCUCCCAGAGUCCUCUGUGCCGCGUCACAAAGCACCAAGGACCAGACUGCCUGUGGCGAGGGACUUGCUUUACUCUGGGAGUGAAGAGUUCGAACAAGAGACUGGCCGCGUGCUUCUAUUUCUCAGCCUGUCUGGAUGCUACCAGAUCACAGACCAUGGGCUCAGGGUUUUGACUCUGGGAGGAGGACUGCCUUACCUGGAGCACCUGAAUCUCUCUGGCUGUCUCACUGUCACCGGCGCGGGCCUGCAGGAUCUGGUCUCAGCCUGUCCCUCCCUGAACGAUGAAUACUUUUACUACUGUGACAACAUUGACGGUCCUCAUGCUGAAACGGCCAGCGGAUGCCAGAACUUGCAGUGUGGUUUUCGAGCCUGCUGCCGCUCUGGCGAGUGA